GCGUCUUUAUUGAUGUACUUCUUAUCUUUAUUACAAGGUCUGAAGACUGAAACCAUACCGUGUUGCAAAGAAGUGAGAGCGGAAAACCUGAACAUUUUGCACUAGCUCGUCACAAAAUUACUUCAACCUUCCAAAAGUUAUUGGACGUUGGGUUUCUGUACAGCUCGUUUUAUGACUGAAUCUUUACUGCGAGAAUGUUUGAGUCGAGGGAGUACGUUUCGGAUUAUGAAUCCGAAACUUCCAGUAAUAUCGACCGUGGCAGUGAGAUAAGGUUGUUAUUUUUCUAUGAUUUUGUAAAAUACUUGUCUACUAAAUUGUGGUAGCCAAUCUGACAUACCUCCUUCUAAGGAUAAGGAGCUAUGGGAAAAACCUGUCAGGCCUCGUUUUCCAGCGUAUGGAAACUCGAAAGCGAUUUUGGAUGCAGAAAAUAAAAGAGCCUACAAUUCAACCAUACGACAUCACCUGCUAAACCUUAAUGCUUUCGAACGUCAUAAAAAGUUGGUGAAUGACUAUUUGCAAUAUUACGGUGGAUCAUGGAAGGACUUCCGACGUGACACUUCAAAGGAUAAAACAGAUAUUGACGUUAUAAAAGAGCAUGGGAGGUUCUUGUGGUCAGAAGAAGAUGAAGCGACAUCAUGGUCCGACCGUCUUGCUAAAAAAUACUGGGAAAAACUAUUUAAAGAAUAUUGCCUUAUUGAUUUAUCACGCUACAAAGAAAAUAAGUUUGGUAUGAGAUGGAGAUUAGAAAAAGAAGUGAUCUCCGGUAAAGGUAUGCAUUGCAUAGUUUGUUUAUGAAAAAUUAUUUACUCCGAGUUCAUAAUGUUUGCGUAUGAAUUUCAUUUUAUGCAUUAUAUCAUACUUCACUUAUGUACUUGUAAGAUAACAACAUACUACGAAACUAUAUAUUCUAUAGUAAAACAACUGUAGGUUUUAGGAAUAUAUACAAUUGGAAGUUCUGUUUUCAUUCUGAUGCAUCCGUGCAAGGUUAGUGUAUUUUUUUUUCAUGAGAGUUCAAUAUAUCUGGAAUAAUAUAUGCUUUAUAACAUUUUUAUAUUCAUUAUCGACUAAAUUUACUCAGUCAGUAACAACGUAGAACUUCGUACGUAUGUACAUCAGUUCGAGUUGCCAUACCACAUUAGAACAGAGAUGCAGUUAUCGAUUCAAAUCCCGGUCGGGACUAAAUUUACUAGUUUACAAAGAGAUCUGUUUAUCUAAAUGGUAAAAUAUUAAUUAACUCCUUAUCAGUUAUAUUAAUUGUUACUACUCUCUUUCUACUAUUCUAAUGCUUGUUUUAAUUUCAUUUUCCUUUGUUGAUAUAUAAUAAUUUGUAAACUUGGACACACCCAUGUGUUUUCUAGGUCAUACUUUGUUUUUGUCUGAUCAGGUAAAUUAAAAUAACGUUUAUUUAGAUAAAGGUUUAAGUAUAUUAAAUAGUUAAUAAUCAAGUUAUUACCAGUCGGAAUUUGGUUAUUUAAUUGUAUUUCACUGACAUUUAGAAUUAUCUAUGGCAAUAACGAUUAAGAAAGUAAUAGAUGAAAGUAGUUUUUAGAGAUCGACUAACUUUAAAGAUGGCCUUAGCCAUGAAUUAACGUCAUCUGACAAAUAAAUCUCAUUACGUACUAAAAUGGAAUGUCAGUGGUUAUACUCACACAGAACAGUCAUCGUGACACACUGCAUAACAUUUUUUUAUACUAAAAAGAAAAAUUAUCUCUCUAGUCAGUCCUUCGUGAUUUUCAUUAGUAAUUACUUCAGCUGAUAUCAGUCUAUGACAAUAAUUAAGACAUGAAUAGUAUAAUCACAAAGUUCGGAAUUUCUGUAUAAUCAAUGUAAAUUAGAACAAGUUUCGAAAUUAAUAUCGACUGCACAAUACAACCUGUUUUUUUUAGAAAAAAACAUAUCUCUGCGUAGCAACUCAAUUUUGAAAAAUCUCAUCAAAACAAUAUACUCAGACAUUUCUACUUUGUUUUUCACUAGACAAAUAUGUAUAUUACACAGUUAUAAAGAUGACUAUAUAGCUUCAGUAAAUAAUAUCACUUGGAAGAAAGAUUUCUUCACUGAAUAAUUGUCUUUAUUCUUAUUUGCUCAAUAAAAACUUGUCUUUUCAAUGCUACCAAAUAGUUAUCAGUGUUUCAUUGUAUUUUUGAAUAGAAAAGAACUGGUUAUUUUAUUCAUUUCCAGAAAAAAACUAGCUCUAUAAGAUUAGGUUAGCUAAAGUGAUACAAGUUAAGUUGUUCGAUUGACCCUUUAACUUUGUAAAAGUAUAGGUGAUUUAAGUAUAAAAUUGCCAGUAAUUUAAAUACAUCGCUUUCAGCCGCUAAAUUAACAAUUAGUAUCAUUUUCUGCCAACUUUCGUUUUAGAAACUAAAUAGUAUAACUAGACUUUAUGUAUAUCAAAAUAUGGUUUAAAAACUCGACUUACUACUCUUUUAACUGGACUUUCAUCAUAUAUUAUGUUGUACAAAAAUUUCAGGUCAGUUCACUUGUGGGAAUGUAGCUUGCCCAGCUGGAUCUGAACGUCUUCGUAGUUGGGAAGUGAAUUUUGUUUAUCAGGAACGUGGUGAACGACGUAAUGCUUUGGUUAAAAUACGUUUAUGUCCUUCUUGUUCCGAGAAGUUGAAUUAUCGAUAUCGGUCAGUCAGACUUACAAAUUAUUUUAAAAUUCAAAUUUACUUUUCACACUGACUUCAUUAUUACGCCUCUAGCGAUUACUUUUUCUCUCCAUAUAAUUUUCUGGGAGUUUUGAAUUGGAUAGUUUACAUCAUGAAAUGGGUAACCUUAGAUAGCUGUUGAAAACCAAGAAACUUUGGAUUACUGUUUCGUCCUAGUAUUAGACUAUUUAACUAUGCACAUCCAUAACCCCACCGUCAGUGAAGCCAGGACUUGGAUGCUAAUUUAGUUCUUUGGAUUUUAAGCGCUCACCACAAGACCUAGAACCUCCUGGUUUCUAUUUCUGGCAAGGUUAUCGAUAUACACAUUUGAUUCUCAUACUAGGAGAAAAUAGCUGUCCAAUUCUUGCUUGCCAAUAUCUGUCUAACUAAGAUCGGUCAUUGGUGUGAACUAUGAGGUUAAUUAUUUUGUUUUUUACUUUUCGAGCUGAGUGAACUAGAAGUUUAAAUGUUUUUCUGGACGGUGUACUUUAUGCAUAUUGAUGUCAGUUAGUCAUCAUCAGGGUCAGAACUGAUACGAACAUUGGUCGGUCCAGGUUGCCACACCUCAUAUCAACCCCAGUGGCAGAGAAAAUUAACUUGAUAAAAACAAAGGAAGAGGAAUUGGUUUCUGCUGCAAAGGAAAUCUAAGUAUCAGACAUAUAAUGCCAAAGGAAAAACAUGUUUUCAAAGAAAAAAGCAGUUAGGCUUAGAGGAAGAUAGUUAGUUAGUGCAACUGUAUCAUUGUGACCAAAUUUGCCUCCAUUCCACCCAACAUUUCCAUCUGUCGAUUACUAGUAUUUGAUAGUCCCCAACUGACUAGAAAGUUUCAGUCAUUAGCCAUUGACUUCAUAUACUAAUGAGAUAUCUUGUUCUACUAGCAUUUACCUCUUGUUCAGUUUAUUCAUAUUUUAAUCAGCGUUACACUUCAUGGUAGUUGCUGGUUAGAGAUUCUUAAUAUAUGUCUUAAUCACUUCAAUCGAUAAAGGUUCAGCCUGCUAACCGAUUUCAGAUUUUUAUUUAGUGCCCUUUAUCUAACUCAAUUGCUAGUUGUAUUUUAUAAAUAAGUUUAAAAUUAAUCUGAAUAUAUCUAAUGCUUUUUGGGGUGACAUGCUAGCCUCUAGUCACACGGGAAACAGUGAAACAUGGCCGGUAAGAGUAGAGGAUAUCCGUAGGCUACUAGUAUUUGAUCAUAGUUGUCUUCGAAACAUUGCUCGUAUAUCAUGGGACCAUCGAGUAAGUAACACAGUUGUUAGGAAACGGGUACUAGGUAAGGAUGGCAAAUCCAUUGAUGAAGUAGUGAAACUUCAUCAGUUGAGAUGGCUUGGACACGUGUUACGUAUGCCCAACGACCGACUACCUCGACGUGCUAUGUUCAGUGGUAUAGGAGUAGGUUGGAAGAAAGCUAGAGGCGGUCAGACCAAAACAUGGCACAAAUCCAUGAAGUCACUGACAAGUGAACUGAGUCAUGUUGGUAGGUGUAGACUACCUGGUUGGGGACCGCGAGAUGAUAGCAACCGAUGGUUAGAGACCCUGAAUGACAUGGCUCAAAAUCGUUUGCAAUGGCGCAGGUGCAUCCACUCUCUGUGUUCUCCCAAAUUCUAAUCUUCUGAAUCCUUCAUGUCCCUUUUUUCCUCUUUCCAAAUUUAUUUCACUGGAUUAUACUCUUUAAAUAACAUCUCCAAACCCUAAUCUUCCCGAUUACUGCUUAUACUCUUAUUACCUCUACCACUACGGGAUUUGAAUUGACAACUGCAUCUCUGUGCUAAUGUGGUGUGGCAACUCGAACUGAUGUACGUACGUACGAAGUUCUACGUUGUUACUGACUGACUGACUGACUAGUCACACGUUUAGUCUAUCAAUUAUUUACUUCUUCUAGAUUUAUGCAUGUUAACUGGUUGAAUGUGUUUUUAUUGAAUAGGUGGUUGUUGAAUAGGUUGACUUGCUUUGUUUGUAGUAUUCGAAUAAAAUAGUUUAUAGGUAAUAUCUAUUUAGUUGUGACGGGAUUUCGAGUCUCACGGGAAGGGUUCUUUUUAUUCAAAAGUUCAAACACCCCCGUAAUAACAGAUGUUAACUGAUAAAAAAUCUAAAUAUUAGACUUAUUGUAGUCUCAGUGCUUACUGCCAAUCACUUUCAAUCCUCUAAAAUAUUAAAACACAAAACAUUGGAAUUCGACUCAAACUAGUAUCCGUAUUGUAAUUUGAUUAAUCGUAUACAAUCAAUGCUAAAAAUAGAUAAGUAUGGUCUGGAUACUACUAGUCAGUAAUCAGUCUCUUCAGUGGUUUUUUAAUCCAUUUAUUUCAAUAUUUUAUAAAAUCUCAAGGGUUAUUUUAAUAAUAUAACGACAAAUUUGCCACACGACAUUUACACAGCAUGAUGAGAUUAUCAAGACAAAUAUUAAUUGAUUAAUAAAUACAGAGUGUUUAGUAGUCCUCUUGUUUGUUAGCGUUUGAUUACAAAUAUGCCGAACUUGGAUUUAAUCAACACUUUGAGUAAUGAACAUGGAAACCGCUAGAACGCUCAGCAUUUAUGUUGUUCCAUUUUAUUUCCUACAGAAAACGUUUGUUUAAUUUUCAUUAUUUUUUUUUUGGUUUUAAAGGAGGCGAGAUGUUACCGGUAAACAGUUAAAUUCACAUCAAGGUGACGAUGAACGCAUCACCAGUCAACAAGGAACAAAUAAUGGUGAUGAUAAUAAUAUAGACUCUUCAAGUACUUCCCCGUCCUCAAAGCGUCCACGUAUUGAUGACACUAACGAUAAUAAUUAUGAUAAUGUCAAAGCGUUAUCAUCUGAAGAGAAAUCUGCCGAUCUGAAUUCAAUAUGGUGUUGUACAUCAAGUCAAUCGGGACAGAAUAGCAGUAAAAGAUCCUCAAUUACUUCUACCGCUACGAGUAGUGGUGUUGGUACCAUCAAAACACAAGAUGAUGAAUUUGAUGAAUAUUUUGCCGAUAUGUUAAUGUAACUUAGUGAUUAUACUGCUAUUAUCACUCAAUGCUUCCACUUUCCAUCUUCCUCUCUCUUGCACACACAUUUACAUACACAAAUACCAAUCAUUCUGUACAGAUACUAUGUAUAAUUUUCUUUCAUGCUUUAUGCUACUGUUUCAUAUAGGUUCGGUCUAAACUAUUCUUACUGGUAAUUACGUCAGCCUUAGUCAAAUUCUAAUUGCCUGUAUAUUGUGUUUUACUUAUGUACUGUUCAGUAUGUUAACAUUCAAAAGACCUUAUACUUAUCUAAUUAUGAUAUAUUAAAGGCGGUUGUUGCAUUUUUCUUUUGUAAAUUUAGUACAAAUUAUUCCUAUUUAUUCUUUUAUUUGAAGUUGUAUGUACGUCUGUGUCUGCCCUCUUGUUUGGUGUAUCGGUUAUACGCAAUUGAAAUACAACAAAUAAUCAUUUGG